AUGGCCUCAGCCUCGUCUGCUGCACCUGAGAGAAAAGAUGGAUUUUGUGACCAGUGUAGCAAAUACGUGAAAGAUCCACUAUCUGUAGAAUGUGGUCACAAUUUCUGCCGGCCUUGCAUCACUGAUCAUUAUCGGGAACGGAAAAAGGAAGGGCUCUUUUUUUGCCCUAUUUGCGAAGAGCCGAUCCCUGAAGGAAAACUCCGGCGAAUCCUGCAGCAGCCCAGUGGGGAAGAAAAACUCAGAUUACUUCCAGAAAAAUCAUUUGUCUGUCCGAAACACAAGGUGACCCUGGAUCUGUUUUGUCAAGACGAUGAGAAGCUGAUAUGUGCCAUUUGUCAACUGUCAUCGGAACAUAAAACUCACACUGUAAUUUCUCCCAAACAAGCUGCCCAACCAUUAAAGGACCAGCUACGGAGCAGGAUUAUGCUUCUGGAGGAAAAGAAGGAUUUAAUGGAGGCUCAUCCUUCAGAUGCAGAAAAGGAAAUCGCCGAGUUGCUUGAAAAACAACUGCAGAACCGAAUGAAAAUGGUGGAGAAGGAUUUUCAAAAAACCAAGACAGAAUACCUGGAGGGGCUUUCAAAGGAACGCACCAUACUUAAAAGUAUCAUUAGGGAGAUGCAGGAGGUGUGUGAGCAGCCAGCUGUGGAGUUCUUAAUGGAUUUUAAAGGCAACAUGCAGAGGACUGGGAGCGAGGAACUGGUCAGGUUCCCCCAACUGGCUUUGCACCUAAGGUAA